CGUGAAGUUUGGUAUAGAAUAUUAGCAUACUUCGUACAUGGUAUCAAGAGAAGAAGGGCGCGGGAGCGUAGCAUUUACUAGUUACCUUACGUAACAGAAGACUAAUAACAUAGCACGUGUGUUUAUCGGCACAUAUAGCAGAGGUCUAUUGACAUUGGAACGAAAGUACGUGAAUGGAAAGUACAUGCCACUUAUCUUCACUCAUAGCAGGAAAGUCCCAGGUGGGAAAGGAUUGUUUUCUCAACGAACAAUAGCAAGUCAUUAACGUAGGAAAGUGCGAUUGCGAGAGAGAGUAGAAGGGCACAAGACGCUUGCUUCAUGAACAUCACGAGAUGCGACAACAACGUAUAACGCACAAUAUACCCUAUCGCGACUCUAGUGAGGUUGUCAUUCUAUUGGUCGUGAACAAACAGUAUCCAUUGGUUAACACGCCCCUUCAACGUUGCUCAUUAUGGGGUUUCAACUAGACUUAGCGGCUGCCGAAGACGCAGAUAUACUUGCAGAUAUGCAUCUGAACGCCUUCGCUCGAACGCCUUUGCAACGUACUCUAUUUCCAACGGAAGAAAGCCUUGCAGGCUUACGUGAAUGUCUCAAACAGGAUGUACUCCUAACUUUGAAAGAAGGAAACGUUGAGAGAAUCAAUUUGGUAGUGCGAGACACCGACGACAUGAAGAAAAUCAUCGCAAUAGCCAAGUGGGAUCUGCCUGAGAAGAUCCCACGGGCCGUUUGUCCUCUUGCUCAUAUAUUCCCUCCAAAGGAUUCCUGCGGGGACCUUAUCAAACAGUACAGUGCUAAGCAGGAAUCUAAUAAGAUGAAGGUCAUGGGUGAUGCCCAAUGCUAUCGUCUCACUUCAGUCAUCACUCUGCCUCAAUAUAGGAGACGCGGAGCUGGAACUUUAUUGAUUAACUGGGGACUGUUAAGAGGGGAGAAAGAAAAAAUUCCAGUAUACCUGGAAAGUCCCGUUUCUACUUUGUCUUUCUUUCGAAAUUUGGGCUUCAUUCCUGUGAAUGAGUUUUCGAUAUCCUUACCCCGGAGCCGAGCCCCUGGCUAUAUUCAUAGAGAAACAUGUAUGAUCCGAAUAUUUCGAGAAUGUGAUGUUAGAGAGGAAGAAAUUGACUACUGGGACUCAAGUCUCGAUAUUGAAAGUCUAACGACUGAUUACGAAGCUGGUGUCAGACCUCAACUCGUAGUGCAAGCUAUUUAUGACCGCAUCGAAGCAUAUCGAAACAUACAACCAUCUUUGUGGAUUUACCUUCAGCCUAUUGAAGAUGUUAUGGCUUCAGCCAGAGAUUUGUGCAGGCGUUGGCCAGAUAGAUCUAAUAGGCCACCACUGUGGGGUAUACCUUUCAGCGUCAAAGAUAGCUUUGACAUUGCUGGAAUUCCCACCACGAUUGGAUGUCAAACACUUGCAUACACUCCUAACUCUUCAUCACUAGUCUACCGAAGAUGUAUCGACGCCGGUGCACUUUUUAUUGGAAAGACAAACAUGGAUCAACUAGCUACUGGCAUGACAGGUUGCAGAUCUUCAUUUGGCACGCUGCACUCAGCUCUCAGCCCAGACUACGUUGUUGGUGGAUCGAGUAGCGGUAGUGCCAUAAGUGUUGCUGAAGGCUUAGUGUCAUUUUCUUUGGGCAGUGAUACCGCAGGCUCGAUUCGAAUUCCCGCGAUGUUUAACAAUAUUGUUGGAUUCAAACCUACCAAAGGAACUGUUUCAGCUCAAGGGGUUGCGCCAGCUUGUCUCCAUCAAGAUUGCAUUUCUUUUUUGGGUGUCACUUCAGAAGUCACUGAAAAAGUUUGGAGGGUUUGUCAAGGAUUUGAUAAAGAAGACUAUUUUGCCAAACCUCCACCAUUCCAGAUCUCAUCACGCGUAUAUUCCGAAGAUACCAGAAAUUCUAAGGAUGCCUUGCCAUCAUUCAAGUUUGGUACACCACCAGACUCUGCGCUUGAAGCUUGUAUCCCCAUCUUUCAAAAGCAGUUCAAACUUGUAAUUGCAGUUUUAGAAGAGCUGGGCGGCCGGCGAGUGGAUAUGGACUGGACGCCCUUCGAAUCCGCCAACGAGCUUCUUUACGGCGGUACGUUCGUUCUGGAGCGACUCACAACACUACCCGAUGGCUGGUUCGACAAGAACAAAGACACACUUCACCCAGUCAUUCGCUCUGUCUUCGAGAACGCACUUGCACGUAAGAGCACGGCCGUUGAUGUAUUCAAAGAUCUACAAAAGCAGGCAAAGUACAAAAGAAUGGUCGAAGAAAUUCUCACGCUAGAUGAAGAUUCUCACGAAUUAACUGUUAUGGUAGUUCCCACUGCACCUUUUCACCCCACCAUUGAAGAAGUGUCAAAAGAUCCCAUUUGUAUUAAUGAAAAGCUUGGCGCCUUUGCUCAUUUUGCCAAUGUUCUGGACCUAGUAGCUGUAGCGCUCCCUUGCGGGACAUAUAGGGUUGAAAUUAGUGACACGGAAAUCUUGCCGUUUGGUGUUACGAUCCUGGCGGGAACGGGUCUGGAUCGACAUCUUCUGCAUUUGAUUAAGAGAUUAGAAGAUCCGUUGAGAGAUAUUGAAGACGAUUUAGGAUCAAAUACCUCGCUGACAGGGGCCGAGGAAUUUUCAAUGAGAGCUUCUGAGGAAAAUGAUUAUUUGGACAAUACGGUCAGCGAUAUUGGGAAAGACACGACGGCAGAAGUUGAAGUAGAUACGAGGAAAGGUGUCGAGAACAGUAGCAACUUGGAGGAAGUGUUGAGGAAUAUCGAGGACGAAAUGUUGAAAGCUCAUUCGGAGAGUGAUGAAUUAGAGGAAAAGAUAGGAGACACCGAUGAAGACAUGGUGAAAUCUGCGAAGGGAAAUAAUUUGACUCAAGGCAUGCGUCAAUGACAACGGAAAAGUAUCCGGUGGAGGCUGACGAUUAUCAUGAUAUAUUGCAAGAAACAUCGAAAGAUUUUGAUGCAGGAGUUCCAAGAUCGAUGAGGCAGCGCUGAUUUUUGAUCUGGACGCGGACGAGGACAAAAACCUAAGCCAGAUGCACAUUUUUUGGAUGCGUCAUUCCAGUCUCGUUCCCUACUUGCCGAGUCUCGGGCUCAUAUAGCAUUCUAUUGACAAUCCUGCAAUGGUAGACAGCUUUGAAAUGUUGGUUGAGGGAGCUUGAAGAAUUUGCACCAAGGCGGAAUCAAAUAGAUUGGUGUGGUCGAGAUCUGGAUAAGGUUAUUACCUAUUCAUCAAUUCAUCGUUAAUAUUCACAUCUAGUUAUAUUAGACACGAAGUUUGGCUGUCAAUUCUAUGUCCAAAUACCAGUCUCUGCACUCUGCAAUACAUUAGAUGAGGCGCCAAAAUUGAGACCUGCGAUUGAGUAUGCAAACAAUUUCCAUACACCAGUAAUUGCAUCCGGAGCUCAUUCGCCUUAGGUUGAAUCUACACAAUCUAUUGAAGGAAACGAUGAUAUUCUGUUCUGUUCCACUCAAAUAAUAGUAGUGCUGUGUAUUAACAUCCCACACAUAUUCAAGAUUCAAAUGUACCAAUCAUUAAGCACUAGCGCAGAUACCACCCUGAAUUCUUGAUGGCAAUUUCGAGGAGGGAAAGGGGCUGCAUGUAUGUCUUGUAUAUUUGGUAUGUCAUAGUUUUAGCAGUGCGAGAGCUGGAAUUGGGUAUUACAUGACGACAGAUCUAGUUAACUGCUUCGCGACACUGACACCAUGAUCUCAUCAUUGAUUGUGGCGGAUCUCUAGUCCGGCGGUACUAGUCUUAGAGCCGAGGUUUUAGCUUAUUAGAUAGGGCUGACUAAAUCAUAAAUCAUGAAUCAC